UUACAAUUUCGAUGGAUUAUGGAUGUUGAAUUCCACAGCUUAUAUGGUGUUGAAUUCCACAACCAGCGCAGGAUUGACUUUAUGAAGACCGGUGACUGUGGAAGAGAGAGUGUGUGUGUGUGUGUGUGGAACAGGUCAAGAUUCCCCUUUCUGCUUCUUGUCGACUUGCUGCCAUUAUCUUUGCCUUGUGUUCCCUUCAUUCUCUCUUCGGAGGGAGAGCGGACAAGAGCAAGAAGGAAUUGAAUAUGGGGAAUUGCUGUACUUUCUGUGCGAAUUAUCGGCAGCCAUCCAAUACAGGGCACCAAUCGACAUUCAAGGCCAGCAGCAGUGACGCCACCACCGAGAAGCUCUCGACCCAUAGUUGCAGCUUCGGUCGGUCCACCGUCAGCGGCGCAAGCGGCGACGAGGAGUUUCCGGAGGGCCGGAUCUUGGAGGUGCCGAAUCUUCGAACCUUCACGUUUGCGGAGAUGAAGAUUGCCACCAGAAACUUCAGGCCUGAUACGAUACUCGGGGAGGGUGGGUUUGGGAGAGUGUACAAGGGAUGGGUGGAAGAGAAGACUCUGAAUCCUGCAAAGACUGGACUGGGAAUGAUAGUCGCUGUGAAGAAACUGAGCCCUGAUAGCAUGCAAGGGUUGGAACAAUGGCAGUCUGAGGUAAAAUUCCUUGGGAGGCUUUCACAUCCCAACCUUGUCAAGCUGUUGGGCUAUUGCUUGGAGGACAAUGAGCUUCUCCUGGUGUAUGAGUACAUGGCAAGGGGAAGCUUGGAAAGCCACCUCUUCAGAAAAGGAGAAUCUUAUGAGCCACUGUCGUGGAGUCUGAGGCUGAAAAUAGCCAUCGGUGCGGCCAGAGGACUUGCGUUCUUACAUACAUCAGAGAAGGAAGUCAUCUACAGGGACUUCAAGGCUGCUAACAUCCUCCUCGACUCCAACUACAAUGCAAAACUCUCGGACUUUGGUCUGGCGAAGAAUGGGCCAACCGAUGGAGACACGCAUGUAACGACACGAAUCAUGGGCACCAUGGGAUACGCAGCUCCAGAGUAUAUGGCUACUGGUCAUUUAUAUGUGAAGAGCGAUGUGUAUGGAUUUGGGGUUGUAGUACUGGAGAUGCUCACUGGGAUGAGGGCGGUCGACACAAAUCGUCCGGUCACGCUACGAAACUUGGUUACUUACGCUAGACCAUCGUUAUCCGACCGGAGAAAGCUGGCACGGCUUAUGGACCGUCGACUCGAGGGACAGUAUCCCCCGAAAGGGGCUCUUCAGGUUGCCCAGCUCACUCUGGAAUGUCUUGCCAGCGAUCCCAAGAAACGUCCGAACAUGAAGGAAGUUGUGCAAAGGCUGGAGCAGAUUGAAGACCUGAAAGGCAGGCCGAGAGAAGAGGCUGUGGCUGGCAGCCGUGGCCCGAGUUCCUCUCACAACCACUCACCGCGAAUCGCCUAG